GUUAAGUUUUGUUGGACUUGGUUACAGUUCUUUUCCUUUUAGUUCCUUUAGUUUUUUUCUAAACCAUAAGUGUACACCUAGUUGAAACAUUCGUAUAGUUAGAGUUCCUCGCACAACUGAAAUGAGAAAAUUAGAGAAAGAGUAAUAAGAGUAAUGAACCAACUCAGAAGAAUAACGCUGACGAAUAUGUUGCUCCAGGGCAACCACGAUAUCUUCUUCACUCGUUUUAAAGCUGUUAACGUGUUCACUAUGCCUUGGUAGUGUGUAAAAUAGAGACUGUAUACUGUAAGACACAUCCACGGCAUUAACAGCAUCAUACUUUUCUGCAAAGAAAGUUCAGAGGAAGAAAAGAAUUGUUUCAACUUACAUCGAUUAGACCUUUGCAGAGUAAAAGCGAAACAAAAGUCAUUAUCACCAGGUCUGAGAUGAGAAAAGACAAAGUCAUUCCGGAAACAUUGCUGUUAAAAGUACUUUUCGAAGCCGCAUAAAUCCCAGAAAAGGUCCACAAAACCACUGACAAUGCUGGAGAUAACUCUUUGUAUUUUUCCUUGAGCAGUGCCAAACUUUGCCGGUAAUUUAAAGGUCGUUUAAUAAAAAUCGUACUAGUGCUCAUAAUCACCUCAAUUUUCGAAAAAUUCCAAAGUCAAAAUGUGUGACACUGCAGUUAAACAACAGCCGCCUCCUGUCGAAAAUUUCGGAAAAAUGUCAACCAUCAAAAAUUUCAGUCCACGAUGAAACUCCCAUUUUACACGGUAAUCGGCCCCCAUUUCAAACGCAACUACUACUUCAUUCGCCAGUUUUGCGGACACCCCUUUUUGUGCAUUUCGGAUUUCUACACAAUGGUCCUGGGAAUCCUAGGCGUGGCAUUCAGUGUGUUUGACAUCGCGAUGAUCCUGAAAUGUGGACCGACACUGCCGGGAUAUCUGCUUAAGGCUCGAGGUGACUUCGGGAAAGUCAUAGACCCGACGCUGGAAAGGGAUUUGAAGCUAAUUGCUCUUCUGGUUUCACUGGAAUAUUACCUUUUUUUGAUUGUAGGAGUUAUGUCGAAGAGCCCAGUGUUCUUUCUACCCUUUUUAUUUUUAUACGCCUUCAUCAUAGUGAUGGAAUUUGUGACAUUAUUUUUACGGCUCUUUACAGAUGGCUUUAAUUUUAAUAAGAGCAGUUUGUUCACAUCGAUGUUCGUGGUCUACAACUGGAUGUGCGUUUUCUGCUGUUUUUGGCACAAAAUGGAGUAUUGUGACUAUUAAGGAAUAAAUAUUUAAAAAUAAA